UGCUUUCACUUGUUAGUUCCUGAGGGACAUAAAUUCCAAGGAUGAGUGAACUGGAACAGUUGAGGCAGGAAGCAGAACAGCUGCGGAAUCAGAUCCAGGAUGCCAGGAAAGCGUGCAAUGAUUCCACACUUGCUCAGAUCACAUCAAACAUGGACUCCGUGGGCCGAAUGCAAAUGCGAACAAGACGUACCCUCCGGGGUCACCUGGCUAAGAUCUAUGCUAUGCACUGGGGAUAUGAUUCCAGGCUACUAGUCAGUGCUUCUCAAGAUGGAAAAUUAAUUAUUUGGGAUAGCUAUACAACAAAUAAGAUGCAUGCAAUUCCUCUGAGGUCCUCUUGGGUGAUGACCUGUGCUUAUGCUCCCUCGGGUAAUUACGUCGCUUGUGGAGGCCUGGACAACAUCUGCUCCAUCUAUAACCUAAAAACCAGAGAAGGAAAUGUGCGAGUGAGCAGGGAGCUACCGGGACAUACUGGCUACUUGUCCUGCUGCCGAUUUUUAGAUGACACCCAGAUUGUUACAAGUUCAGGAGACACAACUUGCGCUUUGUGGGACAUUGAAACUGCCCAGCAAACAACCACGUUCACAGGGCACUCUGGAGACGUGAUGAGCCUUUCUCUCAGUCCUGACAUGAAGACUUUUGUUUCUGGUGCUUGCGACGCUUCCUCCAAGUUAUGGGAUAUCCGAGAUGGGAUGUGUAGACAGUCUUUCACGGGGCAUGUGUCAGAUAUUAAUGCUGUCAGUUUUUUCCCAAAUGGAUAUGCUUUUGCCACUGGUUCUGAUGAUGCCACUUGCCGGCUCUUUGACCUGCGGGCGGACCAGGAGUUACUAAUGUAUUUCCACGACAAUAUCAUCUGUGGGAUCACUUCCGUCGCCUUCUCAAAAAGUGGGCGCCUCCUGCUAGCUGGCUAUGACGACUUCAAUUGCAAUGUUUGGGACACCCUCAAAGGAGAUCGUGCAGGUGUUCUUGCUGGUCACGACAACCGUGUCAGCUGUCUAGGUGUGACAGAUGAUGGCAUGGCUGUGGCCACAGGCUCGUGGGACAGUUUUCUGCGAAUCUGGAAUUAGCGGUGUCAACCCCAUUUGCUGUUCUCCCCUGAUUUUCUGGAGAAAACAUUGCUAUAGCCAACAGCUGUGAAAGGAAUUCUACCUUAUAUCUACACGGGAAGGUUUUUCUAUUGAGAUUAUUAUAUACAAAAGAAACUUGCAGAAGACCUAAACAGCAUCAAAUAAAAAAUCAAACAAAAAAUAACAAGGCAAAGGUGCUCGCUGAGAUUAAAGGACCAGUGUAUUUGAAAAAUUGAGCUUGUUUAAACCUGGAUAAAUUUUUGCCUGCAUUCAGUUUCUUUAUUUUCUCUGGUCUAACAAAAUGUAUACAUUACAGCAGCCUUGUGGGUUUGCAUAUGCAUUUUUAACUCAUAAGAAAUGCCAUUGUUUUUAGUUGUGGAAAGGAGCUGUUAGAUUUGGUAGUUGGGGGGAGUGAUACUCCUGUGUGCAGUCUUACAUUUGAACAAAGUCUCCUUGAUCUGACCUUCCUUUAAGAGAUACUGGUUGCUUAGUGUUUAAGAAUGCUGACAAACCUAAAUGCUUCUGUGGGGAGUCAUUGUGAAUAUCAGUUUCUAGUGCAUGUUUUGCCAGUCUAUCCACUUAAAUAUUCAUUUUCAGUUCUUUGAGGGGGAAGGGAUAGUCUGAAGACCAGGGAAUAGACUUUUGUAUAAAUACACAAGACACUCUUGUAUUAAUAGUAGGUAGAUGGCAGUAAUCAUGUAUAACUGUUUGGUAUUUAAAGAAAAAGUUGGUGAUGACCAAAUGACACUUUGAGUAGUUCUCUAACUAUUGAUAGUUGGCCUUUUCUGUUGAAUUCAUUUUCUAGUUCUGAAUCUGUAAAAUGUACUCAUAUCAGAAGUUUGAUGAAGAUUUGGAUUUCCCCUGCAUCUAAAGAAUUCCCCCCAGCAUUAUGCUUUCAAAAGUUGUGGAAAGUCAACCAAUCACUGGAUCUGUAAUUAUAAUUAGGUGGUUUAAUGAAUGUAUUUUCAUAGAAAUUUAAAAUCUGAAUUGCUAUUUGUGCCUUCAGAUUUUUAAAAAUGUUCACUGUUUUGCUUUUCUAUAAUAUGUCUUCUCUUAUCACAAAGUAUAGGUUGUUGAGUGGGUUUGCUUCAAAGGAUGUUUAGAUCAAGGAAAACUCACUUUAGAGCCAAAAGAAAAAUUCCAAGAGAGCAGUUUUUGAAGGCAUCAUCACUUAUCAACAGUAUGCUAACAAUUGUGUUAGAAGGAUGGACCACCCUGAAUUUGAACACAGAUACAAUUUCCCUUGGAUUUUUUGUUCACAAAUAAAUUUAAGUGAAUGACAACAGAAAAUAGUCUUGCUUGAUAGUGAAGUUCCAGGUUAUUGUGGUAUGUAAACAUGUCUUAGAGCAUAUUAAUAGUAAGUGAUGUCAGUUACUGAUGAGAUGUCUCAUCAGUAGCCUUUAAUCACUUGUAACCAUAACUUAAACACUCCUAAAUCUUUCUGUAAUUUCCAAUUUGGCAUUGUGAACAUGCUAAUAAGUGCAUCAGUUAUAGUAAAGUAUCGACUUUGUUUA